AUGUCGGAAAUUGCAUCGCAGACAUUUUCGUCGAUCCCGUUUUACAAGGGAUAUCUUCCAUUCAAGGAUGCACAGCAGGCGCAGUCCUAUGUUGUACUCGCCCUUACCACAGAAGACGCACCACUGCUCUACGGCGAUGAUACGUGUGCCUUUGGGUCGGUAGGGAGCGGCCACGCGGUGACCAAGGUGUCUACUACGCCCGAGCGUCCCAUAACACCAGAAAGUGCGGCCUCGGGCCACCAAACUGCUCUGCUGCAUUCAUUAUCGUCGCCGCCGAUGCCACCACCAGACAGAUCCCCGAUCACGGGCAGUCGCUCAACCACGAACGAGAAUAGCCAGGCGUCACCAAACAUGCUAAGCAGCAGCGUUGACUCCACAGGCAUGCAUACUGCCGCUCCGUUGACGACCGCCCGCGGUGGUGACGUUGCGUUUUACCUCUUCCAUAAACGUGACGUGCAACCGCCGCCGAUCCGGUUCUACGUUUCUCCGAAGAAGAUCCAUCGCUGCUUCCGUGGGUGCGAACGAUUGGGCUGCUUGUGCGAGCGCAUCCACUUCAAGCCAGAUGCGUGGCGCAUGCGUCUGGAAACGUUGCCGAGGCUGCCGCUGACGGUCGCGUGCGCCGGGCAAAACAUACGUGUAGCGCCGAACCAGAUUGAGCCGACGGCCGGGUACUUUUUUGCCCUUGGGCUGAAGACAGCCAAGGUGCUUCCUGCUGUGGUGCCGACGAUGUGUCGCUUCAACACGACAUGCCGAAAUGGAAUCAGGUGCCUGUACAUUCACGCCGACACGAUGGUGACGCCCAAGCAGGUGCAGACGUCUGAGAUUACCCUGCGUACGUGGGGCCAGCAGGUGAUGGACAACGCCCUGUCAGACAAUGAGGCGAGCGCCUUCUUCGAGUUCCUCGACGAGCAAGGCGUGCGCACUGUGGGGGACAUGCAGGUGCUGGGAAACGCCGCCUUCGAUUCGCUGGCCGCCAGAGUCCCGCCGCAGUGGGCGGAGGCCUUCUUGACGCUGUCGGUGUUGCGUGACUUGGACACGAAGAUGCUGCUAACGGACGCGCUUAUGGCGUUCCCGCGCAUAGAGGCGCCUGUGAGACUGCCGGGCUUCCUGAAUACCGUCGGCGACCUGCUCAACCUGACCGCGUCUGCCUUCAUGCAGCUCCACGUCGCACCGUUUGUGAUGAAUGCUUGCUCUCUGAUUCGCGCCCGCUACGGCACCGACGAGACCUUCAGCAUCAUCGACCUCAAGAAGGAACAGCCCGACACCUUCUUCAUCAAUGCUACGCGCAUGAUUCAGAACUUCUGCCGCACGCAUGCACAUUGUAGCUGGCGCAAGCACGAUCCAUCACGGCCAGUAGUCACGUCGGUGCUUACAUUUGUGGAUGUGAACAAGUGCCAUUGUCACCUCAAUGGCGACAACCCGGAAAACACGCGCGAAGAACACAUCGACGCACCUAUUCCGGCCGACAUUGAAGCAAUGGGCACGCCGAGCGGAUCGUGGUGCCAGUGUAUGCGACGAGGCGUGAUCGCGGUCAACUACGAGCUCAGCACGCCGAGCGGGUCGCGCUGCUCCGAGCAGAAUGCGAUGGGCAAGCUUGCCUCACUCGGUGUCCCCACCUGGGGCGUGCGAGAGGUAUUUGUGCACGGAAUGGCCGCGAAGGAGCCGAACCCGCUCUUCCCGUGCGGCGUGUGCGAGAAUAUGCUGCGGAGAGUGACAAAGGACGUUCUCGCCCACUACGGCGGCGACGUCACGCUCUACAUGUUUGACGCCACCACCCCGCGCAAAAUCGUAUUUCUCACAAUCUCCGAGAUCUCCAACCGGGACGGCGCCAACUUCAAGAAAUUUGUUGCCGAGGACCUGCGCAGCCGCUGA